UCACACCCAGUUUGAAUAAUAUCAUGUCUGUAUCUCUUUGGAUUAGCCACUUUUUGUCUCUUGAAUCAGACGUUUCUGUCCUUUGAGAGGAGCACCUUGCUCUGCCCCCAUUUCUUUAAUGACCACACAAGUGUCAGUUUUUUGGGGUGGCUUUGCAUAAAAAUUAUGUGGACCACCUAGUUACACUACAGACUUUCAUUUGUGUUCUAGCAGUUUAACUGUCAUGGCUCCCCCCCCAAAAAAAAAUCUUGGAAAUUGGUGAGGUAUUAAAAAGUCUGUUAGAAAUUUCCUAGCCUCUCCCUCAAUUCCAAGGAUUAUAAGUAGAGAGAAUGAAUAUUAAACCAGCUUUGAAGCAACCAAAUAGGUUUCAUCUCUUUCUCUCUGACUUUCAGGCUGUAAGCUUAUAUACCCCAACCUGAGACUCAAAUACCCCAUUGGAUUCAAAGGGCUUUUCAUCUACCCCAGUUGGAGGAACUUGACACACCAUAUAUUUAAAGCACAUUGCCACCCCCAAAAAUCCUGGGAACAGGAGUUUAAGGCAAGUCUGGGAAAUGAAUCCAAAUCUCUGGAAUGUCAAAGAGAUGUUUAGCACUCCUAUAAAGAUGGGGCCUAACAAACCAUUGAACUGGACCAGUGAUUACAGCAGUAUGAGUGACUCUCAGUUCCUUUUUGGUUCCCAGUUCUGCCCAGAAAAUUCACAGUCAGCACUGACCCCACUUGAACUGAAACAAGACAAAAGUUCACAGCAAAAUUCUCAGGAUAAUGAGCCCAGUAUUUUUGCCAAAUACCAGUCUAAACCACAGCUCUUUGCAGGGGAUGGAAAGGAAAAAGGACCAUUUAGUUUUCCAGCUGGAAGAUUCAAAGGUGUAUUGGAGCAAUUUGAAGAGAAUAAGAAAAAGAUCAAGGAAAAACACGAUAACGAGCUUUUAAACACCUUUAUUUUGAACACUAAAGAGAGUCUUCAAAGGCUGCACUUUUCCUUAGAUAAGUUUGAAGAAACUCUGAAAUCUAUUUUGGAUGGCUUCGGAAGCUUCUCUAAGUCGAUGCAAGAAACGUCUCAAUCCUAUUAUGAAUUGGUGCUGAAUGCUCUGAGAGACAAAAAUGAAAUGGAACAAGCAUUACUAGGAGUGGAGAAGAAAAGGCUGGAAAACAAAGAUACAGAGAUCUCAGAUCUGAAAUCCAGCCUGCAAUCGCUGACGGAGAGUUUGGAGCAGCUCACAGCUCAGCAGAAAGAGCAACACUUGAAGCUCUGUGAGCGUUUAGAACACCUGCAGCUCCCUAGCCUUCUGGCUGAUUUGCAAACAUUCAUUUCUGCACCCAGAGUACCAAUUCAUAUAAAGGACAGUGUUUCCCAGACUUCCCCAGACAUGAUGUCCAGACAGGUACCUAACAAUUCCCACUCGAGUGAUGCUCCUCCAGGCAGCCUGGUCAUUUCUACUGCCGCAGCCUCACAGGGCAAAGAAAAUGCUGACAUUCAGCAGAGCAGCCGUUCUGGGGCUGGGAGCCGUGAUGCUGACCGUCUUCAUUGCACCUGCCGCUCCAGUGCAGACACCACUGCAGGCAGCCACGAGGAAUGCUUGUUAUAUACUCAAGGACCAAGUCUAUCCACACCACUGAGGAAAGUGAUCAAGAAAGGCAGUCGGGCAAAGGGACUUAACACGCCAAAGCAGCCACAGUUGAACUGGACUCACAUCGACAGUGCAGACAGCCACAAAAAUAUGAAGCUGGCCAGAGAGAGCAUGAUGCAAAUUAAAGGUGGAGGAAGCAGGAUAAAAAGAGAACCCCAAAAAUAUAGCGAGAAGAAAAUACUUUAUUCCUCCAGGAAAGGAGGAAAUCAUUCAAAGGUUACUACUAAUGCCAGACAAGGGUUUUCUAAGUCCAUCAAGUCUCCACAACUUCUGCUCCAAUUCCAUGAAAAUUCACAGAAUAUACCAAAUAUGCCAGUAACGUCCGGAGUUAAAAAGAAAGUGGAUCUUUCUUGUUCAAAAAACAAUAGUUUCUGGGCAGGCUCCUCUCCAGAAAGCUCUUUUUCCGAAAACCAAGUGAGAUGGCUCAAUCUCUCUGAUGAUUACUCAUCUGCUUGUGGUAAACCAGCCCAGCAGAAGACUAGAACAUAUUGCCCGUUAUUUUUUGACAGUGAUUUUUCUGAUUAAGAGUGUUCUCUAAAAGAUGCUUCUUGUAUGUAAGCAUCUUAGUUAAAGGUUGUUAUGAAAAAAAUGUGUGCAUCACAAGCAGUAAUAUGCUCCUUUCUGCAAAACUCUCAGAAUGCAUCACUAUAACCUUGAGCAAAAUUAUCUAUACCUGGCUUCCUUUUAAAAAAAAAUGUAUUGGGCCUAUUAAGAUGUUCCUUAACCAGAUAGAAAACCUGGGGUAAGUCUCAGACUUCCUCAUCCUUUACAGUCUGAUCUUGGGCUGUACCAUAGUCUAAUAAAAGCAGGAACUCCGUUGAACCUGCCUCCCCCCACAGAAUCCAUCCCCAGAAAGAAUAACUGACCUCUGCGGUGGCAUUUGGGAGAUACACUAUGUUCAAACAAAAUACAGCAUAGAUCUGCCUUCAUUUUCUUCCCAUGUCAAGGAGAUGGGAGGAGAU